UAGUGAGACUUUUUGUUUAUGUUAAAGCGUAUUUAUAUUAUACGCUAAUGUUAUAAUGUGUCUUUAAACCACGAUCUGUUUCUCGGGGAAGCAUUUUAACGUCUCCGCUGAAUAUUUAGGACUCGAGAGCUGCACGUUUAGUGCACCGGCUGUCUUAUGUUGUGUAUUCACAACCACCAGAUUAUACGACAGGUUAUCAUCGCGGUUUAAUUUAAACAUUUUGAUCAUUUCGGAAACCAUUAGAGUGUUCUUUUGCUUUUAGUCUGGUUUCUGAACGUGUAAGCUGAUUGAUAUUAAGAUCCAGCAUCAACAGCAGACCAGGAAGUAUCUUGUUGGAUCAGUUUUGUCAAACACGUGUGGAGGUGGAUGUUGUGACAAUGGAUCCUGGACAAGAUUUGCUUCUAGCUGCUCUUAGUGAAAGUGGAAUCUGCCCUAAUGAUCUAUUUGAUGUUGAUCCUCAGGACACACUUCCACUCCCUGCUUCACAACAGUCAGUCUCAUUAAAUGCACUUGACAUCGGUCUCCGUAAUGAAGCUUCUGGAGUUGUCAGGGUUGAACCUGCAGUUCCACCUACUCCUACAGUCACAAUCAGGGAGAAGCCUCAGCCCUCAACAACCACCUUCGUUUUAAAUCAACUGAAUCAGUUGCCAUCGCUGGGUACAAUUGUAGUGACCAAACCAUCAGCCGGGACCACCUCCAGGCAGACCAUCACAGUAACCAAGGUGGUACACACAAGUUCGACAGCACAACGGAGCUCUUUGUCCUCUCCCGCCGUUUGCACUGUGGUCCCACCGAAUAAUGAGCAGAUCAGAUUGAAGGACCUUCUCAGAACCAGCAGCUUGAAGACAAGCAGCCUUGGAGAGCUUAUGAAGUUGAAGCCCCCACCUGACAUAGCGCGACCUGUUGCUACGGCAACAGCCACAGGCACAAAAAUUAUUCUGAUCUCCACAAAGAUGAUGAACAGAUCAGCGGAAUUAAACAAUGGCUUGAAAAAGGAAGUGUCCAGCAAAGAUGUAGCAAGAAUCUGGGUCAAUGAUGACAUGAAAAUGCGGAGCUUCUCACCUGUAAAUAAAUUGCCAAGAAUGAAGGAGGAAGAGGAACCAGAGGAAGAGGAAGAGGAGGAGCUGGGUCAUGCGGAGACAUAUGCUGAAUACAUGCCGAUGAAACUGAGAAUUGGACUGCGGCACCCUGAUCCUGUGGUGGAGACCAGCUCUCUGUCAAGUGUCAACCCGCCAGAUGUGUGGUACAGACUUUCCAUUCCAGAGGAGACCAUAGAUAGAGGCUGGUUAUCUGCCCUACAGCUUGAGGCCAUCACGUAUGCUGCUCAGCAACAUGAGACAUUCCUACCAAAUGGAGACAGAGCAGCCUACUUGAUUGGAGACGGGGCCGGCGUUGGAAAGGGUAGAACUAUUGCUGGCAUCAUAUAUGAAAAUUAUCUUCUUGGGAGGAAAAGAUCCCUCUGGUUUAGUGUCUCAAAUGACUUGAAAUACGAUGCAGAGAGGGACUUGAGAGACAUCAGAGCAAAGAACAUUCAGGUCUAUUCGCUAAACAAGUUCAAAUAUGGAAAGAUCUCAUCGAAACACAAUGGGAGUGUGAAAAAAGGUGUAAUCUUUGCCACAUACUCAUCCUUGAUUGGAGAGAGCCAGUCUGGGGGAAAGUACAAGACGAGAUUCAAACAGUUACUACACUGGUGUGGAGAUGACUUUGAUGGUGUUAUCAUAUUUGAUGAGUGUCACAAAGCCAAAAAUGUUUGCCCUAUUGGGUCAUCCAAGCCCACAAAGACCGGGCUAGCGGUUUUAGAGCUGCAGAACAAGCUGCCAAAAGCUCGGGUUGUGUACGCAAGUGCUACAGGAGCAUCCGAGCCCCGCAAUAUGGCCUACAUGAAUCGCCUUGGGAUCUGGGGGGAAGGAACUCCUUUUAAGGAAUUUACAAAUUUUAUCCAAGCUGUUGAAAGAAGAGGUGUUGGUGCCAUGGAGAUUGUUGCCAUGGAUAUGAAGCUGAGAGGAAUGUACAUUGCUCGACAGCUGAGCUUCACAGGCGUGACGUUUAAAAUCGAAGAAGUUCCCUUAACGCUGGACUACAUCAAGAUGUACAACAAAUCAGUUCACUUGUGGGUAAGAGCAAGAGAGAAGUUCCAGCAAGCCGCUAACCUGAUGGAUGCAGAACAACGGAUGAAAAAGUCCAUGUGGGGUCAGUUCUGGUCUGCUCACCAGAGGUUCUUCAAGUACCUGUGCAUUGCUUCCAAGGUUCGGAGAGUGGUGCAGCUGGCCAGAGAGGAGGUUAAAAAUGGAAAGUGUGUGGUGAUUGGUCUUCAAUCAACUGGAGAGGCUCGAACCCUUGAGGCCUUGGAGGAGGGAGGAGGCGAGCUCAAUGACUUUGUCUCCACUGCAAAGGGUGUACUGCAGUCCCUGGUGGAGAAGCAUUUUCCUGCACCAGACAGACAAAAACUCUUCAGUCUUUUAGGCAUUGACCUAAGUGUGAAGGAAACGCCUUCACCCUCAGAAACCUCCACUGAGCAGAAAGGCAAAAAGCGAAGAGGUCCAGAAACAAAGAAGCAAGUGAAGAAGGCUCGUAAAUCUGGUGGUCUGUCUGGUACCAGUUCAGAUGAGAGCAACUCUGAUGAUUCAGACAAAGAUGUGGAAAGCGACGACAGCUUUAAUUCGGUCAGCUCAGGGGAGGAGGAUGAAGAUGACUUCAACCCCUUUAAGGAUGAUUCCAGUGAGGAUGAGGAAGAUGAUCCGUGGCUCAUCAGAAAAGACACUAAAAAGAGCAAAGACAAGAGGAACAAGAAGAAGAAAAAGAGCAUUGAUCCAGACUCUAUUCAAAGUGCCUUGUUAGCCUCUGGGCUUGGAACAACCAGACCCACUUUUACAACCCCCACCAUCAAACCUUCAAACAACACGGUUGCUGUAGCCAAAAGUGAGCCAGAGGAGAGCAGCUGUGUGACCAGUCAGGAUGCUGUUGAAGAUGCCCAGCGGAUGAAGAGGAACCUGCUGGAGCAACUGGAGCAGCUGGCAGAAAAUCUGCCGCCUAAUACGCUCGACGAACUCAUCGAUGAGCUGGGAGGCCCUGAUAUUGUUGCAGAGAUGACUGGCCGCAAAGGCAGAGUAGUCAGCAAUGAUGAUGGCACCAUUUCCUACGAGUCUCGAUCAGAGCUUGACGUUCCAGUUGAAAUCUUAAACCUCACGGAGAAGCAGAGGUUCAUGGAUGGUGAUAAGAACAUUGCAAUUAUCUCAGAGGCUGCCAGCUCUGGGAUUUCACUUCAAGCCGACCGCAGAGUGAAGAACCAGAGGAGGAGGGUGCACAUGACAUUAGAGCUGCCCUGGAGUGCUGACAGAGCUAUUCAGCAGUUUGGUCGAACACAUCGAUCCAACCAGGUCACAGCACCCGAGUACGUGUUUCUCAUCUCUGAACUCGCUGGAGAGCAGCGGUUCGCUUCGAUUGUUGCCAAACGACUAGAAAGCCUGGGGGCGUUAACGCAUGGAGACAGAAGGGCCACAGAGACGAGAGAUCUCAGCCGAUUUAACUUUGACAACAAAUACGGCAGAAACGCUCUGGAAAUAGUUAUGAAGUCUAUUGUCAGUCUGGACUCUCCGUUAGUGUCUCCACCUGCUGACUUUGAGGGGGAUUUCUUUAAAGAAAUCCGCAAUGGUUUAAUUGGAGUGGGGCUGAUAAAUGUGGAGGAUAGAUCUGGUGUUCUCUCACUGGAAAAAGACUACAACAACAUUGGGAAGUUCUUGAACAGAAUUCUUGGUAUGGAGGUCCAUCAACAAAAUGCUCUCUUUCAGUAUUUCUCCGACACUUUGAACGCUGUCAUUCAGAAUGCCAAAAAAAGUGGAAGAUAUGAUAUGGGAAUCUUAGAUUUGGGCUCUGGAGAUGAAAAAGUGAAGAAAGUUGAUGUAAAGAAAUUCUUGACACCAGGAUAUUCCACCUCAGGCCAUGUGGAGCUCUAUACAGUGAGUGUGGAACGGGGAAUGUCAUGGGAGGAUGCCACCCACGUCUGGGCCGACCAGAAUGGACCGGAUGAUGGCUUUUACGUACAGGUGCGGAAUAACAAGAAAAUCUCCAUCCUGGUAAAGGAGGUCAAUCCCAGAAAGAGACUCUUUAUGGUGUACAGACCAAAUAUAGGAAAACAAGUUAAACUGGAGACCUAUGCAGACAUCAAGAAGAGAAGUAAAAAGGUCCUCUCUGAUGAUGCCAAGCAGCACUGGAUUGAUCAGUACAACUCCUCGGCUAACGUCUGCUCGCACGCGUACUGGCGAGGGAACUGUAAGAAAGUAUCGGUGGGGCUACAGUGUGAGAUCGGGCUGCGGUGCAGGACGUACUAUGUCCUCUGUGGCUCCGUCCUCAGUGUGUGGACCAAAGUGGAGGGCGUACUGGCUUCAGUCAGCGGAGCCAACGUGAAGAUACAGAUUGUGCGUUUGAGAACCGAGGACGGGCAGAGAAUUGUUGGUCUGAUCAUUCCUGCCAACUGCGUGUCGCCCCUGAUCAACAUCCUGUCAUCAUCGGAUCAGUCUCAGCAGCUGGCUGUGCAGCAGCAGCAAAUGUGGCAGCAACUCCAUCCGCAGAGCAUCAGCCACACCGUCAACACAUAGCGUGACACAAACACCCCUCACUUUCGGGCAGAUGCGGCAUCGUAAGCCAGCCAGCCACCCUUCCUCUCCCGGCACGCCGUGAGGAAGACAGUGCUUGUGUCGUGUUUAAUAUUUCAGGGUUCGUGUCCAAAGAGGACUCAUUGCCAAAGCAGCUAUAGAAUCAGAACUCUGUGCGUCAGGAAACAGCACUGAGAGGGGCGAAACUGGACGAUAUUUGGUCAGUCUGUUGCCUUUUCACAACCUCCAGUCUGCUAAAUCAUGGCCUGUGCUUUCCAUCGACAUAAGUGGCUUUAUGAAGUCACAUACACUACUUUGUACACAGGACAGCGCUCAGGGGUUACUCUAUUUUCUUUUCCAUUUCUAUUUUUUCGUCUCGCACGGCCUCCAUCUGUCCCCACCUUCAGCCUUGUGACCCAGCAUGUCUUGGGCAUGACGCUGCUUAUUUACCACUUAAUACAGAACCUGAUUUAAAAGCAGGAAUGCGCUGGCUUAGCGAUGGAUGUAAGCGGUGCAAACCCAACCCUAAAGACUUUAUCGAGACGUUGCAUGGUUUGACGAAGCCUUUGGAUUUUUAGUUUACGGAAGCGGGUCAGCAGGUUUUCACUGCUUUCCAGCGUUUCAGUUUGAGUGUGAUUUGUAAACUGGAGUGUCCUCUACAAAAGGCCACAUCAAUCAAUGCUUUUGCUCAAUUUUUCUAUUUCUUGCUUUUAAUAAUUUGCCGUCACUCUUGUUAUUGGGGACAAAGAGCUCCCGAACCUCAUUUCUGCUGUAAAUGCUGGAAUUUGACACACGCUCGGUCUCUCUACUAUAUCUCGAUGUAUAGUUGCAUAUCUCAAAUGUCAUGUUUUUGCUGAAUUGUAGAUGUCGCAGCACUCUAAAGACAAUGUCAUUCGUCCUUGCACGAGUUGCACUACUGAUGGAUCUGUUGUACAAAGAAUCUAUGGAAAAAUUUACCUGACCGCAAGAUCUCUACUCUUGCAUUUGACCAAUAAAUCUUGUGGAUUACCUCGA